GUCUGCUCACUGGACCGUCUUCUAGAUCUGUUGCAAAUACCACCGCGCAGACAGAACUGCCCAAACCGGAUUUGUUCGCCGCGAAUACUGGCUGGCCGGUAUCAUGCGUCCUAUUUAGCUCAUAUUCGCAGCACACAACAAGGAGAUAACAUGUACACACGGAAGAGCUUACAAGCCUAGAUAUAUAUUGGUCUGCCAGUAUUGCAUGUCGACAAGAAAUUUUGAAGAAGGAAUACGCGCGUGUGAUACACGUGCAUCCACAACAACUACCGCUCAUCGACAGGAGAAAUUACGAAAAAGGAUUACACGUGAGUGAUACGUGUCUCCAUCCACGUAUACUUUUACGACCACUAUUGUUUAUCGACAGAAAAAAUUACGAAGAAGGACGACGACGAAUGCGUGUCACACGUACAUUUACGAUCACAAUCGCUCAUAGACAGGAGAAAUUAGGAAGGAAAACGCGCUCGUCUGUGCCUCUACAAAUUGACGAUUGCGGCAGUAGACUCGAUUACAAAUUUCCAGCCGUGAAAAAAUGAGUGCUACCGAUUCCGCGCAUCCGACGCCGUUAUGUAACGAACGCGCGAACGACGCGUCUAGCUCGCGGACACCCCGCACCAAUAUGAACCUGCUAACCACCGACAACCUGCUCCUCGUACUCAUCGUCAUCGGCGUCGUCGUCGGCAUCAGUCUCGGCGCCGGCCUGCACGGCCGAGGACUCACCGACAGAGAUAUCAUGUACCUGGGCUUCCUCGGCAGCAUCUUUCUGCGCAUGCUCAAGGCGCUAAUCUUGCCGCUCAUCAUAUCGAGUCUCAUUUCGGGUCUUGCCGAUCUCGAUUCGAAGCUGUCGGGUCGCAUGGGAUGGGUGACAAUCGUCUACUACAUGUCGACCACCUUUACGGCCGUGUUCCUCGGCAUCGCACUCGUCUACGCCAUCAAGCCGGGCUACUACGGUAGCUCGGCGGAUGAGGUGAGGAAGCAGGGAGGGCGGCCGUCGACGGUUGCUGACACUUUCCUGGAUCUCAUUAGAAGCAUGUUUCCGUCGAACCUCAUAGGAGCUUGCAUUACGCAGGAAAGUACGAUGCUGAUCGUACCUAAAGGACCGCUGGCAGAGCCGGAACCGGAAAUCUACGCGUUUCAGCAGAAUUACACCAACUUCACGACACCUUUCGCUGAGCCGGAACCCACCGACGGCAUCGACCCUGACGAUCCGUACACGUGGAUGUUCAAGGUCGGUCACGUGGAAUCCGGCAUGAACAUCCUCGGCAUCGUCGUCUUCUGCGUCGCGUUCGGCAUCGUCAUCGCGCGCAUGGGCAAGCAGGGAAAGCCGCUGCGAGACUUCUUCGAUUCUAUGAGGGAAGCUAUCAUGAGAAUCGUGAACAUCGUCAUGUGGUUCUCGCCGAUCGGCAUCUGUUUCCUAAUUGCGGCAAGGAUCGUGGCCAUGAGAAACCCAGCGCAGAUGCUCGGCCGCAUAGGCAUGUACAUGGUCACCGUUCUCUCGGGACUUGGUAUUCACGCUUUCAUCAUUCUACCUACGAUUUAUAUUGUGUUUGCGCGAAAGAACCCGCUGAUGCAUUUUCUAGGAGCAAGUCAGGCGUUGCUAACAGCUCUCGGAACAGCUUCAAGCUCGGCGACGCUGUCGAUCACCAUCUCUAACAUGGAGCAGAAGCGUCACAUCGACACGCGCGUGGCACGCUUCGUGCUGCCUAUCGGCGCCACGAUCAACAUGGACGGCACGGCGCUGUACGAGGCCGUCGCCGUGCUCUUCAUCGCGCAGGUGAACGGCGUGUCGCUAGACGCUGGCAAGAUCAUCGCCCUCAGGUACAGAGACCGGUUCCGCACAGCUGUCAACGUGUGGGGUGACGCGGUAGGCUCAGGCGUUGUCGCCCACGUGGUGAGAGACUCCCUAGAUCACGCAGAUGAGGUGGAAGCUGCGACGAUGGACUACAAAGGAGACAUUAUCAGGGGUUUUCACGGACACGACGACAUACCGUUCAAGAACCUUCCGCCCGAUGCAAUCGUCAAUCCGUCAUACAGCGGUCACGACGAACUAGGAACUUACAUGUAGACGCUGAGACCGGUCCCAUUGGAUGCCAAGGCUGUAGACACCGAGCAUUAACAAGCACUAUACUAAAACAAUUUAUUUAGAUAAGAUAUAUAUAUAUAUAUCGUGUUUGGCGUGCGCGUGAGUGUGUGAAUGUGCGUGUGCGUGCGUGUGUGUAAACGAGCGCAACGGCGCUCAAGUGAGUGAAAGAUGCUGGACCAUGGCGAGGCGAAAUGAUAACCCGGUAGGCCCCGGAAGCGCGCAUUGAUAUGGGGGAUAUUGCGAUCUACAUUACAGUAACUCCGGUAUCUACAUAGCUACUGACCAGGGGACUGUGGUCAGAAAUAUCACAAGUAGUUAUGACAAUCAAAGAUUCAAAUGUACAAAAUAUCAUAACUUAUAAUAAUAUCAUAUUAAAAUAAUGACAUAAACAAUUUAACUUCAUGAUAUUUCUGGCAACGGCUUCCGUUCAUAGUUAACUUUACAUAGUGCUUCCUAGCAUCGAACGACAGACUCGUAGGGACAAAAUCUACACGGGGCAGUGCGCGGGCCUGUACUUAUAGAGCCGCUCCAUGGAGCCACUUCUCACAUUUAAAUAUAAACCACGUCCCGGUUGAAGGGACGCGAAGGUCGUUUUGCCUCUCAUAGACUCAAACAUGUAUGAAGUGAGUAGACCGUAUAGCGUCUAGGAAUGUGGUCAGGAAAUUGCCCUGACCUAUUUGUCCCACUGCCAUAGGGUUAACCGACCAAUCAGGAAUAGGAACCAGGAAGACCAACCAACCGAGGUAACCACGCAGGUAAUGCGUGAUGCUAAAAUCACGGACGCGCGCUUGCUUCAAAGCAGACGAAGUUAGCCCGGACUAAAUUACGACGUCAUUACAGCAAGUCCGUGCAAUCGUUCUGUGCUGAGAUAUAGCAGCGUUUCGCACAUUAUUUGUAUAUAUUGUUUAUAUGCACAAUUUCUUCGCUACGACGUUCGCGAGUGUGCUGCAAGCAGCCCCAACGUAUGUGUUGUUGUCCUCUGUUAUGUAAAGUAACAAAAUUGCCAUAUCAAUAUAUUGCGCAAACGUAUUAUUUAUUGCGUGUACUUAAUAAAAAGGAUAACUCGAGUUGGUGAUUUGAUCAUUAUGGUAUCUGAAUUAUCCGCUGUAUUAUAAUUAGAUAUCUAGUUGAUGAUUGAAAACGAAAAGGAACGCUAUCGAAUUAGAAAUUGGUUUGCUUGUUGUUUUAAUUGUGCAUCAUAACAGACUAUGGACGCUAGUAAACCAUAGAGACCUCA